ACUUUUUUGCUAAACGUGUACGUUUACUUGACUUUACAAACUUGACUAAUAAAAUUUUAGAAUUGUCUUUAGAGAGAUUGAAUAUAGAAAAUUUGAAAUUCAAAACAUUUUCACUAUUUUAUCGUACGAGAUUUAGAUUUCAUUUCCUACCUUUAAGCCUUUAAGUCUUUUAUAUUAAAUAUGGUCUUGUACUUUUACUAACAAGCUUCGUGUCGCUUUUCUUGUGCAACUUUCCAAGCCAGUUUCACUGACGCCUACCUACGCGACCUAAACAUGCAUCUUGCACCUAGAAAUGCGCGAGUUUGCAUUCAGUCGGCAUUAGGUCAGCGUUGGUGACAUUGCGAUUCGGUUAACGAAUGUUUGAUGGAAAAUAGACUUUAAUUUUUCUUAUACAAAAUUUUUAUUCUAUUUUAUUUACAAUCGUACACAUUUUUUCCAGGAAUCUAAUAAUUUCUUCAAAAUUUACAAAUGAAAUAAUUUCGUAUAAAAUAUGUAGUAUGACGAAAGAGCAAUUUUACUUUAGUUAACAUAAAUGUUGUAACGAUUUUAAUCUUGCAGCCUUUUAAAGAUACGAAGAGAUAUUAAACACGGUUGUUAAAAAUUUUUAUUUGAAUUUUCCGCGCCAAAUUACGUUGGACCAAUCAGAUCUGAGCGUUAAACGCGCGGUGCGAAAUUCACGUGUGCGCGAAAAUAAUCGAAGGUUCGCGAUAGUGGCCGAAGGUGAAUCGCAAAGCGCAAACGAGCGCAAACGAGCGCAAACGAGCGCCCUCGCGACUCUCGCGACAGUCGCGACUCUCGCAGUCGGCCGCAGUCGGCCGGCGUGGCUCGUGGGUAUAGCUCGCAGGAACGUGAGGGCAAGAGCUAUGACGAGAAAUCGAUAAACCGUCACACAUGAAGCGUCUUUAUAUCUUUCUCGAGUCGAGCGACCAUCGAAAUUUGAAUCACGGGUAAAUAAUCAUGUCGUCGUCGUCGAGGCCCAGACGACCCAGCGUAUCGAUCUACGAUUAUCCGGAACAUCUGAAUCCGUUCAACGAUGACUCGUCCGACACGACGAAUUCUCAGCCACAAAUGCAUCGCACACUCGAGUCGCUCGGCAAAUCGUCGAAAGACUCUAAACACAAAUUCUGGACGUUUGGCAGAAGCCGAAAGAAGAGAUCAAACAGCUUCUCGAUCAAAUCGACUUGGAAUGGAUUGUUCGGAAAGCGCAAAGAAACUCCAGAAUCGAGGGAAAAUAGAUCGACGAUUACAACAGUCUCAACUACGUACAAAAGAGAGCCUUACGACAGACCGACUGCACCUCCACGAUUGUCCAAGGAUCAACAGGAAUUUGAUGAAGCCUUGGGCACUUUGACAAGAAGAAGAAAGUACACUUACGAUAAUAAUACCUCGAGGUACAGCUCGAAUUUAACGGUGAAUGGAGAUCCUGCUAGGAUUUACGAUGGAAAUCCUCAAAAUACCACAACAUCUAUCAUGAGCGUCGAUCUCACUCCGAAACCACCAGCCAGACGAUUUGGGCAGGUGAGUCCAAGACCGACGGACAAAAUACCAUCUUUGGAUUUUGAGGACAAGCGAUGCAAGCGAAAUGGUAGCAUCAGCCGCCGCGAUCAACCGGAAGAAAUCCCAAUUCCACCGAUGCGAAGAUUUGGCAAUAGAUCAUCGCAAAGGUUGAAUGGAACCACGUCGGAUAUGGAAGAAGAUUCGACUAAUCGUUCCGGCAAUGUUAAUCUGAGGGACGAGAACGAAAAUGUUCCUGAGGAUUACGUUUUCAAGAGAUUUAACCAGGACGCUGUGAGAAGAUCGAAUUUGUCCAUCAAUAGUUGUACAUCCGUUACUAGUAUGACAAGCACGUAUGGACGCAAAAAACGAAGAGCACCGCAACCGCCGAAACAGAAGGAACAAUUGGAUACUGCUCUGGAGAGCAAUUAUCCAUUUAUAACAGAAGCGAAUAAAACGGAAUCUAUACCAGAAACGAGAAAACUUGAACUCCAAAUAACCGAACCGAUCGAUAUUACCAAAGUCACGGAAAACAUUAGUGAGAUAAAAAAGACUUGUGAAGAAUUGAACGAGACAUCGCCAAGAAGAGAAGAGGAGCAGACCGAGAAUGUGUCAUCUGAUGUCAACGUUAUGAAGAAUAAUGGGGGGAAUGGAACGUGUGAUAUUUCUAAAGAUGAGUCUGACGAUGAGAAAGAAAAAAAGGAUCCUUUAGAAGAAAAAAUAACAUUUAACUGUGACGAAAGAUCAGGGAAUAUUGAGGGAACCGAGGCGAAAAUAAAUGAAAAAUUAAAUGAGGAGCGAUCUAAUAGCAUUGCUAAUGAUUUUAUCGAAAAAGAUCCCAUGAACAUAGAAUAUAGACGAACAUCUCGGGAAAAAAUUGAGAUCAUCAAAGACAUCGAUCGAGAAUCUGACGAGGUUUGUCCGAGAGAAAAAGGUUCGUUGUCGCGAAGCGACAGUUUUUCUGUGAAGGAGGAAAUUGAAAAGAUCGAGAGACAGAUCAAAGCAUUGGAAAUUAAAAAAUCUAAAGAACAAGAGGACAUCGAUGACACGAGUCACGAUGAUCCGAUAAUGAGCACCAGAUUAUCUAUCCAGGCGAAUCGCCGACACUUUUUCGAAAAUAUGGUGGACGGGCCAUCUGGUCCUAUUAAAUUGGAAUUCAAGAAAUUGCCACAUGAGCAGAAGGACAUUCAUGUGGUCAGAUUAACGGAUUCGCCAACCCCGGUUGCAGCGUCUUGUGACCCAGUGAAAGUGAUCGAAUUACACAUUUCCGAACCAAUCAGACACAAACCUGAACUCUUGGACGAGGUAAAUCCGAUACCGAAACCCAGGAGACACAGUGCGCUAAGUUUGAGAGAGACACCUGAAUCUAAAUCAAAGGACGAAAGUAAAAGCUUAAAAGACAAUGAUAAGAGAGGACAAUCCUUUUAAAAAUUUUUAAACUUUGUUCAUAUUUUUAAAUUUCUCAUUAAAAUCCUGUUGUUUUCGGCAUCGUCUACUCUCGUGUAUUGAAAGAACAUAAUGAUAUUGUGUAAUUUUGAGAAUUUAUGUAUUACAGAAUUAUUUAUUCAAAGACUGUAAAUACAUUCUACAUUGUGUCCGUUUUCUCAUUAGAUUGCAACGAUUUCAUACUAACGCAUCAAAUAUAAUUUUUCUGUAAAAAAAAAGUUGCUGCAGAGAAAACUCGAGCAUUUUUACUAUGUUACAUAAUUAUACAGUGAUAAUUAUACAUUAUCUUUAUUUCUGA